AUGUUGUGGAUAAGCUUAAUACCCUCGAGAUGGUGUCACCUUCCAGAGCACGCAUCUACACCUUCCAACAAAAUCGACCAAUUCUGCAGUCUGGCAGACACGUGCAUCCACGACACAAUACCCAUUUGCGGUCGAAUGGGCGACGAAACUAGAACCUUUCUCGACCUGUGCGACUUACUGGAAUUCGCAUGCGAUACUAAUCAAGGGUGGGACGUGAUUUUGUAUGUCACGCCGGCAGCUUUACUGGACCUCCCUGUUGUUAUGAAGCCGACUGCGUGUGCGCAGCGCGGGUUAGAAACGUUCGUAUAUGGGAUGUUCGGUUAUUACUAUGAUGAUUGA